AAUAACUGUCAAUUAUGAUAACUAGACCUUCAUCGUUGUGACCUGCCGCUAUAGGUUUUGAAGGGUCUCCACUUUAUAAUGGAAAUAAAAAAAGUGUUUCAAGUGGGGCCAUUUUCGCGUGUUGCGUGUCUGCUCUGCCUCUUUUUCUCCUUUGCAGCCGGAAGUGAACCCAGCCAUUUCCAACGCCUCCACCUGAAAAUUGAAAUUUUCCAGAUCUGCUAUCUUCUUCCCUCCCCUGCCGCCGGUUUCAGCUUGUGUGGGUGUGGAAUUUUUGACUUUUUUGUGGCGUGAAAGCUCCUCCAAUUUCCCGCUGGUCUUCCCCUCAAUCUGCAGCUCCAGCCUUGCUUGCUGAGGAUUUCUGGUCCUUGAUCGUCUUGUGACCCUAGCGCUUGGAUUAAGUCUUUUGUCUUGUGCGAUUAAGGUAGUGAGACCCAACGCAUGGGGAGCCCGGGGGAGUGACGAGCUAGACGGCUAGGCAUUUGUUGGACUUAGGUUUUUGUAGCUAGGCCGCUAGUCACCCAUGUUGAUUUAGAAAUUUUUGUGUACAGAACUCCUUUAGUAUAGUAAUGACUAAUUUCGAAUCUGCUCUGCUCUGUUCUUUUCCGUCGGCUGCUCUUCCUUGUUUGGGUGUGAGUUCUUCAAAAUUCUGGUAAGAGACAACCAUUAUAUUCUCUAUUUUUCCUUUCAUUGGCUUGGGUUACUCUAAGUUCCUCUUGUUCCUUCAAUUUUGGGUUAAUUCCGUGAGGCCCCUGCAGAAUUGCCGCCGGCCUUCCCCCAAACUGCAGCUCCAAUUUUUUGCUGCUAAAUUCUGGUAUGU